GGUAUGUCCUCGGGAAACGUCUGUAUCUCCGGAACCUUGAAGGAUGAAGCCCUGGCUUGACUCCCAUUUUGUAGAGGACACUCUAGGCUACAUACCCAUGCAAGAAAACGAUCGGGUUUCUAUAAGAUUUUCGGAAACUCUGACCUGGUUUUUCAAAGAUCUCCUGAAAAACCAGGCUGUGAAAUUUUUUUGAAACUUGCUUUUGCUUAUAAAAAUAUGGCUUUAAGUGUCAUCUAUACGAUGGUGAAAACUGCAGGCCGCUAAGACCUUUCGUUAAAAAGUUAUUUAAAAAACGGCAACCGGCACGACCUUUCCGUAUCGAUAGUAGUAUAUAUAUUUACUACUGCAUGUAUAAAAGAUAAGAACGACAAAAGAACAAAGCCAGGUAAGAACAAAAACAGAUAAGGGAGAGAACGAAACAGAAGAGAGUAGCCUUACCGACAGAUGUACAUACUGGAAGAAGAGGUUGUGACAAAGAAUCGUCACAAUGGGAUAAACGAGAAGUCUCAAAAAUAUUACGCUCAACACAUCGCUCUGGAGUUAUGAAUGACAUUUUGCUCACAAGAAGGGAGGAAUUAAAAUUAUCCCAAAAAAUAAUUACGUGGAUCUCGGCUAAUUUCUAAACGGGUUAUUGUUGCUCGUUUCAUAGAGAACAAUACAUUCAACAUUCAUGGACGUACUAUACAAGAAGACAGUAUUGAAAAGAAAAAGAAAUGAUUGUAUUGUAUUAAAGUAGACUGAAAAAGCGAUAGGCAUAUAGACACUAUCACUUUAUUCUUUUCCGAUUUAACCACUGUUAUACGAAAAGAGUGUAGAGUUAAUCUUUUAUACUGAAGUAGAAGCCAUCUUGUUUAAGAUGUAGAAAGGUUCAAUGAUAUAUAUAUAUAUAUAUAACCGCUUUGUAAAAAAGUCUAUCAAGGUUAUAACCGGAAUAUUGUAUAUGGUCUUUCGUACCUCACCCUGGAAGCUCCAUAUCUAUAGGAAUAUCUGUCUGCUCUUCAUCUGUUGCUCUAAUUAUAAUAAAACUUUUCUGCUUUUCAUUUCUAGAUUGAACGUCAGGGGAUGAUGUAUCGUGGAAAAAAGACAGUACAACCUGGUGGUGGUAAUCCUCAAGUAGGAGGUCAAAAUACAACAAAAACUAGACCAAUGACUCGACAACAAAUGGUGGCCUUCGGUUACGUCUUCUUAGAUCCGUUUCUCGAUGACGAUACGAGAGUUAUCGAUGCCAUUGUCAACAGUCGUAAACUUGAGAAAGCCGCUGCCGCACAACUUGAUAAAGCAAAGAAAUUAGAUCAAACAUUAGUCGAUGGUGUCAAAACACUACUGGAAACUACUUCAUUGUCAUCUUCUAUACCAAAUACGGAUGGUAUUUCACAAUGUAUGGCCAUGACCACAGCACAAAUAGUUAAGGAUAAAAAAAUAUUUGUUGAUAAUGAUGAAGUGCGUACCGUGUUAAAUAAAGAGGUAACAGGUCUCACAUUUGAUCUCAAUAGUUUACGUGAAGAAACUAACCGUGCAACAAAGAAAUUUCAAACAUCCAUCGAUGCAGCCUGCGUGAAAAUCAAUAAGGACUUUAAAACUUGUCGCACAGCGCUAACCGAUGAAAAUCGUCAACAGUAUCAACAGUCGAUAAAAACAUUAAUGGAUCAAAUGAAAGACUUACAUAAAAAUUUGGAAGCACACAAUGCAAAACGUCUGAAUGGAAUCGGCGAAGAUAUGAAGCACGAUGCGACGAGAUGA